AUGGAUAUUGAGUUGUUUUUAAACAACUUCAAUCAAAAUUGUAAUAUCAAUAAUAAAAUAAAAAUCAAACUAUUGGUGGAAGUAAAUGGGUCAAAUUAUGAAAGAUCUUUAGAAGGAAAUAGUGAAACUUUAAAACCUUUAGUACAAAAAUUAAAUUCAAAAAUUAAAAAAUAUGAAGAUUCAAUAAAUAAAAAACAAAAUUUUGUAACACCUGGAAAAGGAUCAACAUUAAAUCUAUUACAUAAAAACUCAACAGCAAAUUUAUCAUCACCAUCUUUAAUACAUAGAACAUCACCAGAUGUAUUACCAAUGAAUCAAUUAAUACAAAGCAUGAUUCCUACUGAUCCUACAGUAUUUGGUGUUUCAGUUGAUAACUUAAUGGCAAGAGAAAGAUCUGAUUCAAAAAUUCCACAAAUAAUAUCAAAUUUAUUAAAUAAUUUAUUUUUAUAUUCAUUGGGUGUUGAAGGUUUAUUUAGAAUCAGUGGUUCACAAAUUGAAAUUCAAAAUAGAAAAAAUUUAAUUAAUAGAGGCGAUUAUCAUUUUUCAAGAGAUGAUAACCCACAUGUUUUAACUGUAUUAUUAAAGCAAUUACUCAGGGAACUACCUGAACCAGUUUGUACAAAUGCCUUAUACGAUUUAUUUUUAGCAUCUUCAGAUCAAAUUAAUUUCGAACAAUCAAAAGAAAAUGGUUUUGAAGUUUUAAAGAAAACUAUAAAUAGUUUACCAAUACAUAACAGAAAUUUAUUACAAUAUAUUAUAUUAUUUUUAACAUUUGUUGGUGCAAAUAAAAAUAUAAACUUGAUGGGACCAAGUAAUCUCAGUAGAGUAUUUGGACCUAAUCUAUUUUGGAAAAAAGAAAGUGGUCCAUUAGAUAUUCAAAUGCUUCAAAGUGCAAGUGAAAAGGUUAAUUCUAUUACAGAACAAAUGAUAUUACAUUAUAAUAGCGUUUUUGAAGAGCCAUUAAGUUUAUCAUUCAACACAUAUCAACAACCACAGUCACAGUCCACACCAAAUUUAAAUCUAGUACCAACUGGCAAUUACAAUAAAAAGUUAAAUAUAAACUCAAAACUUUUAGGUCACAACAAGUCGAUUCAAUGGAUGGCUUUAUGCGAUACAGAUCAAAAAGUUUGGAGUUUAGAUUCACAUGGCUUUGCUAGGAUAUGGGAUGCUCAAAAUCAAUGCUUUAUCAAAGAGGUUCCAAUAGCUGAGGGUGCUGCAGUUUACCAAAUGGUUUCUGCUUCGGAUAAUACAAUUUGGGCCGCUUCUUCAAAUAGGUUAUCAAUUUGGGAUGUUGAUGGCGGUUUUAUUGGUGAAGUGCCAGGUGAAGCUUUUUCAGUUUGCGAGUCUCAAAAUAAAGAAAUUUGGGUCGGUGGAUUUAAUGUUUUAACCAUAUACCCACUCGAGGGUUUACCAAGUAAAUCAGGUGGUGAACCAGUUAAACCAAUUGGUACAGAUUUAUUUAUGAAGGGUACUAUUAUUUUAGCAAUGUGUAAAGUUGGUUCAAAUAGAAUUUGGGGUUGCUCCUCUGAAAAAACCUUAUAUGUUUGGGAUUCUAAAACUAAAGAAGUUAUUCAUACCUCUGAAAUUCAAGAAAAAAGACCAAAAAGAAUGACAUGUAUCGAUAUUGAUGAUUUAGAAACUAUUUGGAUUGGUGGUGAUGAAGGUACAAUUCAAAUUUUUAAUUCAAAAACAUUUAAAUUAGAACAUAAAAUUCCAAAUUUAGGUUGGGAUAAAAUAUUUCAUCUUACAUCAAUUGGUAAUUCAAUUUGGGCAAGCUUUUGGGAUACCACAGUUAGGGUUAUUGAUCCAAAAACAAAAGAAAUAUCAAUGGAAUUUAAAGGUUUUCAUUCAGAUGUUGUAUCUUCAAUCGUUGAAGUUCCAAAUCAUAAACCUGGUGGUGAAUCAUUUAUUUGGUUAGCUUCUUAUGACAAGUCAAUAACUAUUCAUUCAAUGGUAAAUAGGGAAAAGAAUGAUAUGGGUCCAAAUAAUCCAAAUGCCAAUUGGAGUUUUACAAAUAUUAAAAGAAUUGCAAGACCAACAAGACCAGGUUUUUCAUCAAGAGGUUAAUAAUAAUAAUUUAUAAAAAAAAAUCAAAAAAAAAAAAUAAUAAUAAUAACAAUGUAAUAUUUAAAUAUUCAAUUUAAUUGAAUAAAUUUUGUAAAAAUGAAAAAUAUCUAAAUCAAUAAAAUAAAAUGAAACAGUUUUUAAAACAAAU